AUGAUCAAGUUAUUAUUGUUAUUGGUUGUAGCAUAUUUGCUAUAUUACUUCUUAGUAAAACCUUACAGAUUUUGGAAAGAAAGAGGAAUUAAAUAUGUCAAACCAUUACCGAUAUUCGGUAAUAUCUUUGAGAAUAUUAUCCAACGUAAAUCGUUGGCAGAGAUCUUCAAAUCAUUUUACGAUGAAUUUCGAGAUCAAAGAUAUUGUGGAAUGUAUCAGUUCAUGAAACCGGUGCUUGUAGUUAACGAUAUUGAACUUAUGAAGACGAUAACGAUUAAAGAUUUCGAUUAUUUCACGGAUCAUGUGAAUCAUUCACGAGAGGAGGUGGAUCGUCUUUGGAGUAGAAACUUGUUUGCUAUGAUUGGUGAACCCUGGCGCGAUAUGCGAGGAACCUUGAGUCCUGCUUUUACGGGCAGUAAAAUGCGUUUUAUGUUUUCCUUAAUGAACGAAUGCGCUGAGAAUUUUGCUGCUUACUACCUGAAAGAAAAUAAAGAACUUAUACAAUUAGAAAUGAGAGAUACUUAUACUAGAGUUACGAAUGAUGUGAUUGCUAGUUGUGCUUUUGGCAUAACGUGCGAUUCUUUGAAGGAUAAAGAAAAUGUGUUUUAUGUAAAAGCGAGGAAAGCUUUCGAUUUUUCAGGAAUUCGUCAAACUAUCUUUAUAUUAUUCAACACCUUACCAAGGUUGAUGAAGUUUUUGGGUUUAAAAAUAAUCACCGAUGAAAUGGGUAUUUUUUUUCGUGGUGUAAUUGAUGAAAGCAUAAGGAUACGUGAGGAAAAAUGUAUAAGCAGACCGGAUAUGAUCAAUUUACUCUUAGAAUCGAGGAAAGGAAAAAUGAGUGAAGACGGUAAAAAUGUUGUUGAUUCGUUUGCUUCAACCGAGGAAUAUAGUUUGGGGAUGAAAACAAAAAAUAUUGAAAUGACCAACGAAGAUAUAACAGCCCAAGCUUUGAUCUUUUUCUUAGGCGGAUUUGACACAACAUCUUACGUUAUGUGUUUUUUAACUCACGAAUUAGCUUUAAAUAAUGAAAUUCAGGAAAAACUAAGAGAGGAAAUCAAUUCAACUUGGAAAAAUUGCCAAGGAAAGUUAACGUACGAAGCUUUGAUAGGAAUGACGUAUUUGGAUAUGCUUAUUUCUGAGGUUCUUAGGAAAUGGCCACCUUUUCCAUUUUUAGAUAGAAUUUGUACCAGAGAUUACACUAUUAAAGCAACAAGACCAGAAGAAAAGGAUUACCAUUUGAAGAAAAAUGAUAUAAUAGUUUUUCCCAUGUUUGGAAUUCACAGAGAUCCUGAAUUUUAUCCGAAUCCUGAGGUAUUCGAUCCUGAACGGUUUUCAAUUAAGAAUCGAGCAAAAAUAGUACCUUCUUCUUACAUACCCUUUGGUAUUGGACCCAGAAACUGCAUUGGAUCUAGAUUUGCUCUGUUGGAAAAUAAGGCUACGAUUUUCCAUUUAAUUAGAAAUUUUCAGGUUGUUCCAACUGAGAAAACUUCAAUUCCAAUGGUCGUUAGUAAAAAGCAAUUCAAUAUUUCUUCGCAACACGGAUUUUGGGUUGGACUUAAAAGAUUACCAGCUUAGAUUUUUUGAUUAUCAUAUUUAAUUCUUAAUAUAUAAUA